AUGUGCUUUUCUUUCUUAAACUGCGUUAGGAAGAAAAAAAAGCACUUUGCCUCCACAGUAGCUAUAGCUCCAAAAACAAUUCAAAUUUUUGAAAAACCUGAAUCUUCAGACUCUUUAGAGUCUUUGAGGGCUUCAAUUGGAGAAUUGGGAAUUCCAAUAGCGAAGGAACGAUUUUAUGAAAAUAUCGGAGGGAUUUUAAUUUUCAAGAAUGAUUCUCUAAAUGAUCAAUCUUGAGAACGAGUACACAAACGCAGAAUUAUAAACGCCCCGGUAGAAUCGCGAAUUAAAAUGGCGAGGGACAACUUAAUGAGCGUAUAA